AGCACUACUAGGCGUGCUUCUUCAUGGUAGUAAUAACUGCUCUGUGCUACCCUCAAAAAAAAAACCUGCUCUGUGCUCUCCACCACUCCAUCUCGUCCUUGAGCUGAGCUGAAAUGCAGAGCUCUCACGCGCUUUGUCUUCUCCGUUGGGGUUGGACGAUUCAUUCAAGCUAAGCCUCCGGCGAGCAUCGACCCAGCGCGGUGGCGCUCACUACCCGUUCGACAGUAAAGCAUCCAUGCCGGGCAGCGAAGAUCGGCUCAGCGCUCUGCCGGACGGCGUCCUCCAGCACGUCCUCGGCUUCGUGCCGCCGAAUGACGCGGUCCGGACGAGCGUGCUCGCCGGCCGCUGGCGCCACGCCUGGAGAUCCAUCCGUCGCCUGCGCAUCAGCCCCAAGGACGGGUGGGACAGGCCCCAACAUCUGAAGGAUUUCUUGCACGCCUUGCUGCCCCCCGGCGACCAUGGUCCGAUUCUGGAAGAGGCCAAGCUGGACUUCGACGGAUUGGUGGAGGAAGACGACGCGCACGUCCAAGUUUGGAUCCGACGGAUUUUGUCGGGCCAAGCUCAGGUGCUCAACGUCUCCUUCAUCAGACUGGGAAACCCUCCUCUGGUCUCCCGGCAUUUGAGAAAACUGGAGCUCACUGAUACGGCUUUAGAAGCAAACAUUCUCGAUCUCGCAAGCUGCCCGGCACUGGAGGAUCUGAUCAUGGCGUCCUGUAUAUUAUCCCUUUGCAAGAUCUCGUCCCAGUCGGUGAAGCGUCUCAGCAUCAGCGGCUGUGAUUUCCUCUGUGAUUGCCGGCCUAGGAUAGCAAUCCCCAGCCUCGUCUGGCUGCUGCUUGACUCUUUCGGCGGUAACGUUCCUUUGCUUGGAAGCAUGCCUUCACUGAAAACAGCACUUGUGAGGCCUGCAGCAUACUCGAGUGAUUGCUGCAAAGGAGGUGAGCUGGGGCAGUGCUGUGGCAGCUGUGCAGAGUGUACCGGUGACGAUGACCAUAGCGGCCGCUGCGUGCUUCUUGGAGGUUUGUCGGCUGCUGUGAAUUUGGAGCUGGUAGCUCACGCUGGAAUGGUAUACUUACUUGGGACUCACAUCUUUACUCGCAGUCUCCUACAAGUGUUGUUUUCUUUCACUCCUAGAUUGUUUUGCAGAUUCUGUGUCCAUCUUUAGAUACCGGCGACUUUUUAACACUUGUAUUUACAUGGAUUGCCAGAAGAUAGGCAUAGGCUUCUAAAUAAUGUUUUUCUUCUUCUUCU